GUUAACCAUCAACUGAUGCGCCAUUUUAACUCCGGACAACAAACAUCAGCCAUCGCCGUCGGAGACGCAUCAGACAUGUUGCCGUCCCUCGCCAUUGCGACCACGCUGAUCCUGUGCGCCGCCGUAGCAGAGAGCACAGUCUUCCUGCAGCGCAGCGCAGCCGGGCAGAUCCUGCACACAUCCACCAGGUGGCGACGGGGCAACUCCCACGCGCUGGAGGAGAUCUUUCCUGGCGACCUGGAGAGGGAAUGCUACGAGGAGAACUGCUCACAGGAGGAAGCGGCCGAAAUCUUCCAGUCUCAGGAAAAGACGCUGGAGUUCUGGUUCCGAUACACAAACCUGAAUCCAUGUAGGACCAACCCUUGUCUCAAUGGAGGCAUAUGCACUCUGGAGCGAGGACACUUCCUGUGCCUCUGUCCUCCUCGCUUCCACGGCCAGACCUGUCACUCAGAGGUGUCGCUGUGUCGCUAUAGGAACGGAGGCUGCCGGCAGUACUGCACGGACCUGCCGGAGGGCGCCGGUGUCCAGUGCGGCUGCGCUGACGGCUUCAAGCUGGACUUGGACGGACGCAGCUGCUCCAAGACAGUGCCGUUUCCCUGCGGCAGCCAGCAGGUGUUGCUGCUGCGAGAUCGCUCCCUGUGGGAUCUGGCCGACCGGGUCAACGUCACCGCGGACGGCAACGUCACAUGGGAGGACAACGACAGCGGUCGGUUCAACUGGACGCGCCAUGGCGACCAGGCGCCGGUCAAUGCGUCUCAGCAGCAGGAAGUGGGCGGUGCCAGUGGGUUGGAUGAAAUGCUGAGUCCUCGCAUUGUGGGAGGAGCUUUGGAGAAGCCCGGCGGGAGUCCUUGGCAGGUUCUGAUCCGAAGGUCCGAUGGUUACGGCUUCUGCGGAGGAACGCUGGUGUCCGACCGCUGGGUGCUCUCUGCCGCUCAUUGCUUCCAGCAGAAGGCGCACCAUGUUACCAUAGGUGAUUAUGACAAGCAGCGUCGCGAUCCAGGUGAGCAGACAAUCACGGUCCAGCAGGUGCUGAUCCAUCCUCACUUCCACACGUUCACUCUGGACAGCGACAUCGCUCUGCUCUACCUGGCCCAGCCUAUCAUAAGAGGGCCCACCGCCAUCCCCGCCUGCCUGCCCGACCCCCACCUGUCCAAGUACCUGCUCAAGGAGGACAACAGGGGUGUGGUGACAGGAUGGGGGACCACAAAGUACCUGGGCAGGCCCUCGCGAUUCCUCAGGAAGGUGGCGCUCCCGGUGGUCAGUCACCGGUCCUGCAGCCUGUCUAGCGAGCAGGUGAUCACAGACAACAUGUUCUGUGCAGGAUACCUGAAGGCCAGCAUCGACGCCUGCAGCGGCGACAGCGGCGGCCCCUUCGUGGUCCACUACAGGGGCACGUGGUUCCUGACCGGCAUCAUCAGCUGGGGCGAAGAGUGCGCCGCCACUGGCAAGUAUGGCGUCUACACCCGCCUGGGGAACUUCCUACCCUGGAUCACAACCACCAUGGCCAGGGUGGACUUGAACGCCACGCAGAGCUAAAAUAAAUUUUGGUUUUUUUCAUGACGAUUAACAAAGUGGGCGAGUCUAAGAAUUAAAGUUCAAAUAAAAAGGAUGAUGAGGAAGUUGAACAAUUUAUUGUACAAAACAAGAAUACAAGAGGAAGGCCCCAUUCGACGCGGUUUACCUGACACAUGAAACGUGACAGAUUUGGGGUAUUGAAUAUCUUAAUGCGUUUUGUGGCAAGUCCAACUUUGACCACAGCGUCAGUUGCUAUGUGACCGUUGACCCGAGGACGGACAAUAAAGAAUGAGCGAAAACUUGCACCUCCUUAGUGCUUCCACCAGGGGGCGCUGCCAGUGCGGUUU